UUGCACGAAACCACAAAUUAAAACAUACAUUUUCAUAUUCACAUAUUUUCUCUUUCAACAACGCACACAGUUUCCAAUGGCACCAAAGGCAGAGAAGAAGGCGGCGGAGGAGAAGAAAACUCCCGUCGCCGAGAAAGCUCCGGCGGAGAAGAGGCCGAAAGCCGGUAAGAAGUUACCGAAGGACGCCGGUGCUGCCGGUGAUAAGAAGAAGAAGAAGGCGAAGAAGAGUGUCGAGACUUACAAGAUCUAUAUAUUCAAGGUGUUGAAGCAGGUGCAUCCUGAUAUCGGGAUUUCUAGCAAGGCGAUGGGGAUUAUGAACAGUUUUAUCAAUGAUAUUUUUGAGAAAUUGGCUCAGGAAUCUUCUAGAUUGGCAAGGUAUAAUAAGAAGCCGACGAUUACUUCGAGGGAAAUUCAGACUGCUGUGAGACUUGUGUUGCCAGGUGAAUUGGCUAAGCAUGCUGUUUCUGAGGGUACGAAAGCUGUUACCAAGUUUACUAGCUCUUGAAGAUCUGAUGGGUUUAGAAAUCAGGUUUUGUUCGUGUUAGAUAGUAUGUUUUUCUUUUUUGUUGGUGAACUUUUGGAUCAUCUCGAUCCAUUAUGUGUAGUUCAUAUUUGGAAUGUAAUAGAAGUUUAAUGGUUCUGGUUUCAGUCCUUAAAA